CACUGCAGCUGGCUGAAUCCUGGAGUCUGGGGCAGAGGGCCUCCUAGGGGCAGGAAGGAGGAGGGCCGAUAGGAGAUUUGACCUUCCAACUGCGGGGCUCGGACCACCAGCAGCAGCAGCAGCAAAUGGGGGGCGGGAAAGGGGAACAGAGAGGGGCAGCAAGGACGUAGAUUCCUUUCGCAUCAGAGCCUGUAGAAACCGCCCAGGGGGAGCCAGUGGGCAGUGAAGGAAGGAAAUGAAAAUAACGGAGGAGUGUGCAGCAGCCUGGGGUCUCCCGGGACUAUGAAAGCCAGACGGCUCCCCGCGUGGUCCCACCACCACCGAUCCACGCAGCACCACUGAGGCCAGAGAGCAGCGCUGCUCGAUCACCCUCUCCCCAGGGUCCGCCCAAGCUGCGUGGGGGUGGGGGGUGCGUCCUAGAGACAGACCCUCGAGUCUGAUCCACAGACCAACAUCCUGUCAGAGCACCACAGGGGAAGCGGGAGCUGACACAAAGCAGGCCCGAGGGGUUUGUUAGGCUAAGAAGCCCCCUGAGCUCCUGCCCUCUCCCAGCCUUCCUUCUGAGACUGACCCAGAGUGGAUCACCGAGUCUUCCUCCUCUCCUUCCUGAGCUACCAGGAAAGAAAGAGGGUCGCACCACCGGCGGACAAAGCAGCGGCGGCAGCAGCGAGGGAGAGGGGCAGGAGAGGGGGGUUCCGCUGUGGACAAUGGGGCUGCGUCUCCUCCUGCUCGCCUGCUUGGGAUUCAGCUUAUUUCACUCCCUGUUGUGCGCCCGAACCCCACCGCAUCCUCUAGGUUCUGAGGAAAAUAAUGGUACUCUGGGCCCAAGGACAUUUCUAUUCAAGAAUAUCCCUAAUGAUUUUGAACCAUUUCUAUAUGAGGAGGAUGAUCCAGAAACCAUUCCUGAAAACAUAUCAGUCUCCAUCAAUAAGACAAAUCGAAUGCAAAAGCAACAACCCAAACCUCUCUCUGAAGAUGCUUCUGGAUAUCUGACUGGCCCCUGGUUGACCCUUUUUGUUCCUUCAGUUUAUUCUGUGGUAUUUGUGAUAAGUCUGCCUUUAAAUAUCAUUGCAAUCAUUGUGUUCCUUGUGAAAAUGAAGAUCAAGAAACCCGCUGUAGUAUACAUGCUACAUCUGGCUACUGCAGACAUUCUGUUUGCGAGUGUGCUGCCCUUUAAAAUAGCUUACUACUUUUCUGGAAGUGACUGGGCAUUUGGGUCUGGAAUGUGUCGCUUUGUCACUGCUGCUUUCUACUGUAACAUGUAUGCUUCAAUAAUGCUGAUGACAGCCAUAAGUGUGGACCGUUUCCUGGCUGUGGUCUAUCCAAUCGAAUCUCUUUCCUGGCGCACAUUGGGGCGGGCUUCAUUCAUUUGUCUGGCCAUAUGGAGUAUUGCCAUUGGUGGUAUUGUACCCCUUGUUAUCAAAGAACAAACCAAAGAGAUCCCUGGGCUAAAUAUAACCACCUGCCAUGAUGUCUUAAACCAAGAUCUACUUGAAGGGUAUUUUGUUCAUUAUUUCCUAGCUUUCUCUUCAGUUUUCUUUUGUGUACCAUUGGUCAUUUCCACAAUCUGUUACGUGUCCAUUAUCCGGUGUCUUAGCUCUUCUUCUAUUGCCAAUCAGAGCAAAAAGACUCGAGCCUUACUCUUGUCUGCAGCUGUGUUCUGUAUCUUCAUCAUUUGCUUUGGACCCACAAAUGUCUUUCUGAUCAUCCAUUAUUCAUCACUUAUUUAUAGCAGUACAACCGAGAAAAUUUACUUUAUCUACCUUCUCUGUGUAUGUGUCAGCAGCAUAAGUUGUUGCAUUGAUCCCUUGAUUUAUUAUUAUGCUUCUUCUGAUUGCCAGAGAUAUCUCCAAAGUCUCUUAUGCUGUACAGAAAGUUCUGAUCCAAGCAGUUUCAACAGCAGUGGUCAAUUGAUGACUAGAGCUAGUAAAAUGGAUACUUGUUCUACUAACAUGAGCAACAGCAUAUACAAAAAAUUAUUAACUUAGCAAGUGAUUAAUUUUACAGUUGUAUUUUAAAAAUAAUCAGCUAAUAGGUUUGAGAUUCUAUUUAGUACCUGUCAAAAAGUAUUAAUCUCACUAGCUAAAAGAUAAUUUAUGAUGCAUCCUUCUUAACUACAGACAUUGAGCAUAGAUGUUUGAUAACAGCAAUUUUCUACAGAUAACAAAAGUAUUAAUGAUAGUGUUAUUGAAGGAGUGCAUUUGUGAACAUUAUUAUGAAGUUGAAUGUUACAAAGAGGCUAACUAUGACACAUUUGAAAUACGUUGUAUGAUAGGCACCUUGAAAAUUGUUUCCCCUCUUUUUUUUUUUUUUUUUGAUUUGGACCAAAUGACAGCUGAGGUCCCUUUUAGCUAUGUGAUCAUAUUAUGGAAAAAUAUCUUCUAUGACUGAAAAGUAUGUAUGUAAGCUGGUUUUUAUUAGUCUUUUUGGAUAAGGUAAUCUUGACCAACUCAUACUGGCUAACUAGCAAAUCAGCCAUUUCUUUAAUUGCAGCAACUUUAGAGGGAUGACAGACUUGUGAAGUUUUCAUGGAUGAGCAUAAUUUGAGAAUCUUUUUGAUUAAAGCUUUUCAAAUGAUGGUAGACAACCUUUGAAUCAUUAUGGGACUAAUAGGUGGUUAAAGUAUAAUAACAGAAUCUGGACCUUAAAUUUUUAAGAGAAAAUUUAAAUGUGAAAUCUUGAAAUGAUGAAAAGACUACCUUUUUAGCAGUCCUAAAAACUGCUUUUUUUUGUCAUCAACAGAUCAAAAACUGUGUUUGUAAGCAAAGCUGAUAGCAGAAUAAGGAAGUCACACAUAGAUCCAGGAUGAAAUCAUGUUAUAGUGUUCAUGGGGCAGUUAAGAAGUGUUUGUACAAUUAUGAAUUUAAAAUUGUAAAUUUGCACUUAGAAGUAGGCUGUUGUAAUGAAUAAAGGGUCGGUCUUGGACCAAAUAGUAAGUCUAGAGGUUGAGUCCUGUCUUUAAUAUAUUCUAACUGGAUGACUUUGGAGUAAGUUAUUUAAUUUUUCAGUUCCCCUGAAUCUCUCUGGAUUCUAUAUCACUCAUCUGAACCCCCCCCCCUCAAAAAAAAAAUUUGCACUGGGUUUAUAAGGAGUGAUUAAAUGUUUCUGAGAAUGGUCCUUAUCACCUCAGAUCAGCAUUGUAAUAGAAAACUGGAGGUAGUGAACAAAGUUUCUGAGGUUUGUCAGAUACGGAAGAUCAGGAACCCUCAUGGUAUAAGAUGCCAGAUACAGCAGCCAUCACCACUGAAACAACAGGCAGGACUUUUAUUACUCUGUAAUCCAUCUGAUUUAUUAGGACCAGAUGUGUAAACAAGAAUACAGGGUACUAGAAGACUUCUUUCUGAAUGAUGUAUCUCCAUUUGCAGACCAUAUGCCCUAGGAGCAUGAAAAGGACAGCUCCUUUACAAUGCUUAUCACAUAAGUUUCAUUUUCCUACGACAUGUUAUCACAUUUAGAAAUGUAUUUAGCAAGAUGUGACUCACAUAUGGUUUUGUAAGAUGUAUGUAAAGGCAGUCUUGGAAAACAUCUUGACAAUUUGUGUUAUUUCUGAUGGUGUUAAGAUGAAAAGAGAGUAAAACCCACAGAUAUAUACUUUUGAAAAUAGCUCCUUCAACCUGAAUUAAUUUGGACACUAUCUACUUGUGAAUGUUUUAUUGAAAGAAUUAUCUUAAAUCGGCUCCUUCUGAAUAAUAAGUUGAGAACCUUGGAAUGGUUACAUAAGAAAAGUUCAUGGAAUUUAAUGUCUAUGAAAUUGGAGUAUUUCUUUGUGCUUUCCAUCUAUUAAUUCUGUAUAUAAUGUUUUCUUUUCCACUUAUAUCUUUAUGAUACUUAUGAUGAUACUUAUUAUGAUACUUAUGAACUCCUACUUUUGAUAUCACUGAUGUGGUUUUUCUUUUAAAAAAAACCAUUUGGAUAACCUAAGCAGAUAGUGAUUUUUAAAGAAUUUCAUAAAAACAAUUUUUUUAAAAAAUCACUAUAAUCAUUAUAAAGUACAGAAUAUGUUCAAUUGUUUAGAUCUUGCUAAUUUGGAAACCAAGUUGAAAUUUAUCUUAUAUCUGUGAGGGGGAGGGGGAAUAGGAUCUAAUAAUCAAAUAAACUCUCUCAUCAAGGCUAGCAGGGGAAUUUUGACCUCUUUAAAAGAACAAACUAUGUCAAAUACUUCAUAAGUAACCAUUAAUAUAUUAAUAAAAGAAUUACAAUAAAAGCAAAGACUUACUACUGAGGGAAUUGAUAUGUUUGAAACAAAUCUUUCAGAUAAAAUCAUUUAAGCAGGGAUGAAGUUAAGUAAUAUCUCAGACCCACAUUUUAAAAUAGCAAAGCUAUGUAUUUUUAUAUUCUUACAAUAUUUUGGUGCCAAGUUCGAGUGACUUUACUCCAAGCUCUUCCAAAUUAAUGAAGUUUUACUGUAUGUAUCAUGUUCUAUUCAUUCUAUAAAUAAUAUUAAGCUGACCUGGAUUAACAAAAGUAUUUGUGUAUUAUCUGUGUUUGGAAUGUAAUGUGUCACUGUGUUCUUUUUUAUUGUUUGGAAUUUCAUUUAACUUACACUAAUAAACUUGUAAAAUGUGUUUGGGAUCUAUUUGGAAGAAAUUACAAUCUAGCUAAAUUUAUAGUGAGUUUUUCCCCCUUCUUUUGAAUUAUCAUUAGAAAUUAUAUUUAAAAAACUGAUGUUAAGAAUGAAACCCAAGAGUUAAAAUCUGGCCUAUUAAGAAAAAGAAGAAAGAACACAAUGACUAGAAUCAGAAAAAAAAAAUGUUGAAAUUUCAAGUUGGUACAAAUAUUUAUUUCAUAUGUACUGAGAGAAAAAAAGGGAUUAACUUUUUGCUAAUCUGAAUAGCUGUGUAUGUGAAAUAAAUAAUUAGAUCCUUUAAAAUAAAUGACCAUUUGAAAUAAAUGAUUAAAUGAACAA